UGACCUGCACCCGAGAUACACGCAACAUGUUACUGCGGGUGUGGACGUUAGCUGCGGUGGUGGCAAGUGUGGCGGUGGUGGCACAGCAGCCACAGCGGCAGGUGGCAGCUGCCACAGUCGAUGGCAAGAGCGCCCUCCUGCAGCUGGCAGGCGCCGUGCCUGACCUGUCGUCUGCUCUUCAGAAGAGGAACGUCAAAGGAGAUAACCAGGCUCUGGCCACCGGGUUUACGGGAGGCCACCACGGCCACCACCAUCACGGCGGCCACCAUCUCGGCCACGGCCACCACGGCCACGGCAAAUUCUUCAUGUAUGCUCACCAGCCGGAACACAAACAUUACGAGUUUGGCUUCAAACGCGGCAACGACAAGCAUGUGGUUGAGCGCUACGAGAAGGGAGGCCCACACCACAACUUCAAGUCCAAGGAUGGCGGCGGAGAUGACGGCGGCCAUCAUCACGAUGGUGAUGGUCAUCAUCACAGUAGCCAUGGUCAUCAUCACAGUAGCAAUGGUCACCAUCAUGAUGACGACGGAGGGGAGGCAGGUCACCACGACGGUUCUCACCAUCAUCAUAGUUCUGACGAUGGCCACCACGGCUACAGUGAACCUGUCCCUGAGUUCGUUCAGCCCCAAGAUUCCUACAAGUCCGACUCCUACCGACAGAGAAGGAAGAGCUCUGAGAAACCAUCGAAAGAUAAUUUCUACAAGAAGCCCACAGGCAUGGACAAGAAAGAAUUUGUCGGACCCAAAGACCAGCAGUUGUUUGCUAAUGCCCCAAUGAUGGACCUCGAGCCACAGACUGGCACUCAAGCAUCCAACUCUGAUCCCGACGCAGCGUUUAACGACAUGCUUGGGUUCGACCCAUUCACUCCUCCUGAGAUUAUGAAGGACCAUUCUUCGGUGGGUGGGAUUGAAAGCGAUGGCACCUCCAAUCAAGGAUACCGGGCUCCCUCCACCACCAUUAGUCCCCCCAUGUCAAAACCCUACUUUAAUAGAAGUAUCCCUAAGAACCCCAAGAGCAAAUACAGUCCCAAAGUCUCCGAUAGCGCGAAAGCUCCAUCCGAAGAAGUACCCAAACUGGCGUUUGACUUGGACAGCGGCAAAGUCUUCGACGAAAAGACUGGCAAGUGGUUCCGAUUAGUCGCGGAAUAAAUCAUUCAGAGUGAAAGGUUCGAUUAUUUCUUCCCUUCACGUGGAUUUCAGCUCACACCUGAGGCCGUAAGUACCAUUCGGUCUUCGGUUGCAUCUUCGAGCACGUCUGAAGUUUCGUCCGCAAGGUCUUGUGAAGUCUUCAUAUUGGAUCCUUUUGCACUCUGAGGCAGACGAUGGACCGCUCCCAAAGGAUCCUACUCAGAAACGCCAAGCUUUGUAAAUAGCAUCUACUUCUCUACACUCUUGUUCUACCGCUUGGUCUCAACCCUUUCCUCCGGCUAACAGCAUUCGGCGGCUGUUACUUUUGAACUCGAUAGAUACGCGCGAGGUCAUCUGUUUUUCUCGAUAUCUCUUCGAAAUGAGCAUUUUGUUACUGUUACACAUGAUAUUGUUGUUGUUUUUGUUGUUAUUGUGAUGACGAGCGCAUUAAAGACUCACCACAA